AUGGCGCACCGGGCUAAGUUGGCCAUGUCGGGAAAGGUGCUUCUGCGCAACCCCAUCAAGAUUGGGUAUGGUAAAGCCACUCCGACCACCCGGCUUUGGGUGGGUGGCCUUGGGCCCUGGGUGCCCCUUGCUGCCCUGGCCAGGGAGUUUGAUCGGUUUGGCACCAUUCGCACUAUCGAUUAUCGCAAAGGUGAUUCCUGGGCCUAUAUCCAGUAUGAGAGCUUGGAUGCGGCACAGGCGGCGUGCACCCACAUGCGUGGUUUAGACCGCGACAGAGACCUUUAUCCUGAGACAGAGUGGGUGCCCCCCCCACCCCCUGUACGGGAUAGGAGUAAUCGGGCAGCUGCCUAUGACCCACUGGAAAGCCUCGAGCGCCGCCGGGAUGGUUGGUCCUUGGAGCGGGACCGAGGGGAGAGGGAGUUGGGCAGUAGUAGUAGGGAUCAGCCUAGGAAACGGAGACUGGGGGAGGAUGGAGGCCGGCACUUGGACCGCUCUCCGGACAGCGAGCGCUCUUCUUCCUCCCGUAAACGUCACUGUUUAGCCACAACCUCUCCACCGGACCGCAGCCCCGAGCUCCUUGGAGGGAGGGAGCGUUACAGUAGUGAUCCUGAGCGCUCGUCCUCCCGCUUGCUCCUCUUGGAGCGGCCUUCGCCCGUCCGGGAAUCGCGCAGGGGCAGCCUGGAGCGGGGUCAGAACGAAAAGCGCGACCGCAAGAAUUCUGCUGAACGAGAGCGGAAGCAUCGCGCUUCUGCCAACAGCAACUUCCCGUCCAAUAUGCAUCUGCUUCAGGGGGACCUCGGCGUUGCCAGCAGCCUCCUCGUGGAGGGAGCGACUGGGGGGAAAGUAGCUCAGCUCAAGAUCACCCAGCGUCUUCGUCUGGACCAGCCCAAACUGGACGAGGUCAAUCGUCGCAUCAAAGUUGCGGGUCCCAAAGGCUACGCCAUCCUUUUGGCUGUGCCUGGUGCAUCAGACAACCGCUCUGCAGCUGGAGCUGCCGAGGCCACCACCACCUCCACCCAGAGGCCGCUCAGGAAUCUGGUGUCCUAUCUAAAGCAAAAGCAGGCUGCUGGGGUGAUCAGCCUCCCCGUGGGGGGUAACAAAGACAAGGAGAACAGCGGGGUCCUGCACGCCUUUCCACCCUGCGAUUUCUCCCAGCAGUUCCUGGACUCCACGGCCAAGGCGCUGGCCAAAUCAGAGGACGACUAUCUGGUCAUGAUCAUUGUCCGUGGGGCGUCCUAAGGCCCUCGUGUUCUCUGUACCCAACCCUGCCUACUCCUCCACACAGCCCCUCCAGCGUGUGCCAGGUGCUAUGGGAUACAGCCUUAGCCAGCCCUGUCGUUAUUUUAAAUUAGAUCUUUGUUUGUAGGUGACUUUCCCUGCCUGUUUUUCUGUUACGACAUUUUUCUAUAAGGUUAGAAGCCAGAAGGAUUGGUUAGCCGUUAGCGUGAAUAGGGUAUUUUGAGACUCCCAUCUCAGUGGGGAUAGCGGGGAGGCGAGGCCUGCUUUGAUUUACA